AUUCCUUUUCACCCUCAUUAUGUUCCACCAGGCCAACCUUUUAGUCGUCGAUAUCCAACCACUGGAAGGAAAAAAGUUUUGAAAACUUCUUAUGCUAUUCCAACCUUGAAUCUAAACAGUUCUCAAAACCAAGUACAAGCUCAAACCCUCUCAGAAAUAUUGAAACCUACAAACUCUGUCUUUAUAGGAAUCGUUCCAACUAUUAAUAAACUACAAGCUGACGAAAAUCUAUCAAAUAGUAAAUCUGAUAGUGAAACGAAUUAUGAAAAAGAUUUACAUAAAAAAAAUUCAUGA